GUUGUAACCUUACAUUAACUCUCAAGAUAUAAACUUAAACAAUUCUGUUAUGGAAAGCAUCCUGAAGUGGUUAGCAAAGGGGUUUACUGAAAGGUUCAAAUUCCCGGGUUGGCUGAGACCUUUCUGUGUGGAGUUUAGAUGUUCUCCCUGUGCACUCGUGGGAUCUCUUCUGUUACUCCAGCUUCCUCAAACAGUCCAAAGACAUGCAUGUUAGGUUAGUUGGUGAUUUUAAAGCAGCUGGUAUAUGGAGAGUGCAGAACAAAUCUUUGUCAUGCCAAGAAGAAGCCAUAUGUGAACAUAUUAUUGUGUUACAGCAGCGGGAUAAAGAAUAAAAAUAGUGCAGUCUACAAUAAAUAAAGAACAAAGUUAAAGUGCCACAGCCGCAUAGUGACGGCCUCUGAGAUAGUGGAUAAUGUUUACAUAUAUAACAGUGAUUAAAAAACAAAGAAAAUAAGAAUAAAAAAAUUAGGUUAAGUUAAAGUAGAGUAAAUAGUGAGACUGAGAUUGUAAAAGAGAGUAGUGUAAUUUACAUUAAUAAAUAAUACGUGCACUACAAAUGUAAGAAACAGCUGGGAGGAAGGUACAGUAUUAGUCUACCGGUGGGCGGUAAUGUUUACCAACCACAAAGAAGAAGAAAAAAAAGCCGAAGAAGAGUCGUCUCCCGGUAGCCCGUUGCUAACUCGGUUUCCAUGGAGAUUGGUUUCAGUUUCCCGGAUGUUCCAGUUUCCUCUGUUCAACAUGGCGUCGGGAAAGUAAGACUUCGGCUAAUAUCACACAGUUUGCCCUGAAGUUAGUCCGCUCCCGCCCUUCUGAUUUUUGGAAAGUUUCCAAGUACGUCGCGGGGUCGGCAGAAAAAGUUUUCCUGGGACAUCCCUGGUCUGAUGCUCGGCCACAGCUGCCAUCAUGUUUGCCAAAAAGAAGAAGUCUCGUAUCCAGAUCUCAGCUCCGUCCAACUUUGAGCACCGUGUGCACACGGACUUUGACGAGCAGGAGCAGAAGUUUGUCGGGCUGCCGCGGCAAUGGCAGUCACUAAUCGAAGACACGGCGCAGAGGCCCAAACCCUUUAUCGACGCGACCAUCAUCACUACUGUAGAACCGCGAAAGACCAUUGUACGCGGCAGCAGGAUGGGAACAGAGUCUCUAACAUGGCUGCUGGAUGAGUUCGACACCAUGUCUGUGACUCGCUCCAACUCCCUGCGGCGAGGGAGUCCUCCAACGCACCCUCGCAGGGACUCGAGCUCUUCAGGAGGAGGUGGAGGGCAGGAGAACGGAGAUCCUCAAUACAGACACUACUCAGACAGACAAGACAGACAAGACAGAGACCGACCCAGACAAGACCAGCAGAGCGGAGGUGACCCCCGCCACCAGGGUCAGCGCGGGGUCCGUCCUCCUCAGACAGGUGAGGUGAUCCAGGGCCGCCCCCAACAGCAGCCCCGGGGUCAAGAGCCCAGCAGAGCCCAGAGGGACAGACAAGGCCCCCCUCCUCCCCCUCACAGAGACAGACAGCCUCGGGACAGAGACCAGGAUCAUGGGGCUCAGCGGGAUCAGCCUGGUGACCACAGGCCAAAGUCCAGCUACGUGGCACGGGACAGCAGUCCUCAGUCUCCCAGAGACAAGAGGCCUCUCUCAGGACCCAACAUACGCACCCCAAAUCUGCCAAUGUCUGAGGGAGUGAUGAAAACUGCUCAACAAGCCACACGGCCGUUUAACACAUACCCACGGACAGAGAGCGAUGGCGGACGCAGCCCCACAGGACAGGUGGGUCGACACCAUGAGUCCUCACCUCAGAACGGCCCCUCUAGCGGCUCCGUCCGAGGUUCCUCUGGCUCCAAACCCCCUAUAAGCCACCCACACCCUCAUCACUCUUCCCACCCCAUCCUGGCCCCCGAGUCCUCCCAGCUCCCGCACACCCCUCACCCCAACGUUCCAGCCCCACGACCCCCUGUACCCUCUGGGCCCGCUGCAUCGGGUGCUCCUCCUCAGGGCCGCUCACCACAGAGGGAACCCCAGCGAGUUUCCCAUGAGCAGUUCAGAGCGGCACUGCAGAUGGUGGUCGAUCCGGGCGAUCCGCGGACCUACUUGGAUCACUACAUUAAGAUUGGUGAGGGCUCCACAGGGAUUGUGUGUAUCGCUACGAUGAAAACCACAGGAAAACUGGUCGCCGUGAAAAAGAUGGACCUGAGGAAACAACAGCGCAGAGAACUCCUCUUCAACGAGGUGGUGAUCAUGCGGGACUAUCACCAUGAGAACGUGGUGGAGAUGUAUAACAGCUACCUGGUGGGAGAUGAGCUCUGGGUCGUCAUGGAGUUCAUGGAGGGAGGAGCGCUCACUGACAUCGUGACACACACAAGGAUGAAUGAGGAGCAGAUCGCCACAGUGUGUCUGUCCGUCCUGAAGGCGUUGUCUGUCCUUCACACACAGGGUGUGAUCCAUAGAGACAUAAAGAGUGACUCCAUCCUCCUCACUCAUGACGGACGGGUGAAGCUGUCCGAUUUUGGUUUCUGUGCACAGGUGUCUAAGGAAGUGCAGAGAAGGAAGUCUCUGGUUGGAACUCCAUACUGGAUGGCACCAGAGCUCAUAUCCAGAUUACCUUACGGACCAGAGGUGGAUAUCUGGUCUCUGGGUAUCAUGGUCAUAGAGAUGGUGGAUGGGGAGCCACCGUACUUCAAUGAGCCGCCACUCAAAGCCAUGAAAAUGAUUCGAGACAACCUGCCACCCAAACUGAAGAAUCUGCACAAGGUCUCCCCUCUGCUCAAAAGCUUCCUGGACCGGAUGUUAGUGCGAGACCCGGCUCAGAGGGCCACCGCCAGCGAGCUUCUCAAGCACCCGUUCCUGUCGAAGGGGGGGCCGCCGUCCUGCAUCGUGCCUUUGAUGCGGCAGAACAGGAUGAAGUGAGAUAAUGCACGCCACUAAGACGCCUGGACUCUGGAGAUGGUGUUACAGGAUACUCCUGCACACACAGGAGUGACCCUCAGAGGUCACAGACAGGAGACGUGAAAACAGGGUGUGCAGGAGUAUCCUCUGUGAGUCACUGAACUGCGAGAGUGAAUUCCCUAAAACAAACAGAGGCAAUAAGGUGGAGUGUGUGUGUGUGUGUGUGUGUUUCAUACGUGUGUGUGAGCAGCAGAGGAGCCUCCUGUAAACACUUUUACCUGAAGAGCCUCACCUGAAAGAUUAAGAACUGUGGAUCUUUUUUUUUCUCCUAUCUGUGGACCUUACCUGGAUUUGAGGUGUGAAGGUGAGGUUUUGCACACCAGUCUGAUGCUUUGAAGGAGCCGAGAGCCCAUUGGCUGAUUUUUAACAUCACUAUUGGACAAUCUGUAAGCCGAUUUUCUUUCUUUCGUUUUUUUUCCUGCAUUCGGAGACUGUCCUCAUCACAGCCAGAACUUACUACUGAGAGAGGAAAUCUUGUGGCUCCGACUUUAUUCUGUAGCCUUAAAAACACUAAUUUCCUGUCGUAAACAAGCAAACAUACACUAAGUGAAAAAGUAAACACUGGAGUCGUGGUUUCAGAUGAAUUUUCUUCUUCUUUUCUCCUGAAGUACAAUGAACAUAGAGAGCUAUAUCACUUGUGAUGUUAUACUAUCUCUGUUUUGUGAUUGUUUUAUUGUUAUUGUAAAGUGUUUCCUGGUUUAUUUUAGAGUGAGAUGUGAUGAUUUUUUUUUCUUAAGCACUGUUGAUGAGAGAUAGAAGCUGCACUCCCAGUUUUAUUUUGUUUUGCAGAGAAAGACCACAUACAGCACACACAGCCCCUUAAACCUGGGUCUGAGUGUCUGAGUCACCCCCUGGGUUUGGUUGAUUUUCACUCGUGUUUUUAGAACAGUAGGGUUUAAACACUCAACGCUCACUCGACAAACUAGAAAACGAGCCUGAGCUGCUCGUUGGCCUGUCACUGAGCUGUUUUUAUUCUGUGGUCCUUUCACAUCUUUGUCAAAAGUUUCCAGCUGCUGACAUUGUUCCUCUGCUCGUUUCGUGUUUGAUUGCCACUUUGAGUCCACUCUGAAAUAAGAUAAUACCAGGUCUCUGUCACGCAGAGGAUUUUAUUUAUAGGACGAGGUUAACACUACUCCACCUCACAAACAGAAGUGUCAGCCAUGAUUAAGAGAAGCAGCUUUGUUGUCGAUGAGCUGUGCUGCUCACGCUCCAGCGGAGAGUGUGUCUGUUGGAGCUUUAACACUCGUGUGAAAAUCUGCUUCCAGCUGCUAAUAAUGUAGAGAUGUUUAAAAACUAAAGGAAGCACGAGACCUGAGGCCCAGAUUUACCCUUUAAGGGACAGGCUACCAAAAUCAGGCUUGUUCAUUUUUCCUCUGGACUGUUUUGCUACUUAUGCAUCUAGAUCAUUUUGGUGCGAGUCGUGCAGUUUUGGAGAUAUUAGCCUUUGCUUUAAUAUAAUUCAACUAAAUGGUUAUUAAAGUGCUGCAGAGCUUGCCAUCAUUUUACCCAGUUACUCAAACGAACAGUUUGUUUCAUGGGGGAACUGUUUUUUUCCAGUGAAAAGAAGCAUGUGGCCUGCUAUCGUUACAGCUCAGCCGAGAGGGAGGACAUUAAUGUUGUGGUGCAGCGUCUGUUUAUUCAGCUCUUUGGCUGCACAGAGAGAGGAACUGUGCAAAUUCAACCAGCACACAUGCUUUGGAGUGUUUGUGGCCCUCUAAAAAGCCAACAGGGUUGGGUCAGAUGCUGAUUGGUUGAUAAUCUGGCACAGCAAGAGAAGAGAACAGCAAUAAAGUUCUUUGCAAAGAGGAAGAAAUGCAACCAAAAGAAACUGGCUAAAGUUUUCAUUCUUUUUAACACUCGGUUUAGCAACAGAGAAGAAAGAGAGAGGGUGUGUAUUUUGACCUCUGUCACCUAAAAACAGUCAGCUGCUGGACCAAUAACAGCACAGAGUUGACCAUAUUUUUUGGCACCACUCCCUGGUAACAGUACAAGUUUCAAUAUGUAAAUGUGGACCUGCAAGCUCUGCUGGUGCACGACCAUUAGCCUCUCGACACGGGCCGCUUACACUUCCUCCUGGAGAAUGAUAUGUUUUCAGAUGUGGUUUGGUUGAGAGAAAAUAGUUCCUGCAUGAAAAUUCUUGAUUUUUGUAUAAGGGCACUUCUGUUGAGCUUAUCGUGCUUUCAGGACUAUUUAGUUCCACAAUUUUCUAGAUCCAUGUUCUCCAAACCUGCGCAACUCGCACCAAAACAAUCUAAAUGGGUAAAGAGCUCUGAUGGGUAGAAGAAGAAUAUGGAAAUGUGAUUUUUUUUUUUCAGCCUGCCCUUCCUCUUUUAAUUUUCUUGCAGCUCAUAGAAAUCAUAACUGUUACCAAAUGAUGAUGACCCAAGUCCCAAAUUCCUCCUUGGGCGGCUGAAAUUGACUGACAGUAUCACAGUUUGGUAAAAAUAAACUAAAACCUAAAUAUGAAAAAAAAAAUAGAGAUCUCUUCAGUUUCAGUCAAAUAUCAAAGUAACCUGAGGAUUGGGCUGUCUACACAACCACAUUACAGCAAACUGAAACAUGCAGACCACUCAGGAAACUGAUUCUAAACGAAGAAUUUUUAAAUAAAUAAAGAUAUAAACUAAUAAAUGAAAACUACUUAUAAUAGUUCAGUUUGAUUUUUUUUUGUUUUUUUUUUGGGGGGGGG